UUAUACCGCCCUCGUUAGUUAUCAUUUUGCAUCAUGGCAGCACGCUGUGCCCUUGCUGGUGAUCGCUCAAAACGUUAUGAAAAAAUCGACUUUCUUGGCGAAGGGCAGUUUGCAACAGUGUACAAAGCCAAAGAUAUUGAAGCCAACAACAGAAUUGUAGCUGUUAAAAAGAUCAAGCUUGGUCAUCGGAGCGAAGCAAAAGAUGGCGUUAACCGCACUGCCCUGAGAGAAAUCAAGCUACUUCAGGAGUUGAAGCAUGACAACAUCAUCGGGUUGCUCGAUGUCUUUGGGCACAAGUCCAACAUCAGUUUAGUGUUCGAUUUCAUGGACACAGAUUUAGAGGUCAUUAUCAAAGACAACAGCUUAGUCUUGAAACCAGCGGAUAUUAAAGCCUACAUGAUCAUGACGCUGAAGGGCCUGGAAUACCUGCACAACCACUGGAUAUUACACAGAGACAUGAAGCCCAACAACCUACUCAUAGAUGCCGAUGGGAUUCUCAAGAUUGGAGAUUUUGGUCUGGCCAAGUUCUAUGGUAGCCCUAACAGAGUUUACACACAUCAAGUUGUCACAAGAUGGUACAGAUGUCCAGAGUUGCUAUUCGGAGCUCGAAUCUACGGUGUCGGGGUGGACAUGUGGGCCCUGGGCUGCAUACUGGCUGAGCUGCUCCUGAGAUUACCGUUCCUACCGGGAGAAUCUGAUCUAGAUCAGCUGACCAGAAUAUUCCAGACCCUGGGCACAGUGACCGAAGAACAGUGGCCUGGGAUGACACUUUUACCUGAUUACAUAGAAUUCAAGAAGUUUCCUGGCACCCCACUCCAUGACAUAUUCUCGGCCGCCACAGAUGAUCUCCUUGAAGUCAUAGCAGCUCUUUUGUGUGUUAACCCAACAAAGAGAUGUACUGCAUCUCAGGCUCUUAAGAUGAAAUAUUUCAGCAACAAGCCGGGCCCAACCCCAGGUAGAGAUUUACCAAUGCCCGGCGCACCAGCCGCUGUCCUAAAAGAGCAGCAACACACGAGGGCAGCAAUCAAGAGAAAGCAACUGGAUGAUUCAGGGCGGUUGGCAAAGAAGCUGGUCUUCUAGCUGUCGUUCAUCAGAUUUCCACCUGACUUGACUGAUGCAAUCCCAGGAACCCUCGAGCGCCGACAAAAAAAAAACAGUUCGGAAGAAGACACGGACGCGGAGUCUCAAGCCAGUUCGCCUUUAUAUUGCUUAGUCACUUUUGCAGGGAACUACAGAGUGAGGGCGGACUUCAUUGAUGCAAUCGGGCUAAGGUCAUUGCACUCUCACAUAGAGAGAAAAAAAAAGAAAUAUUUUAACAACGCCUUUUUGAAUAGCUUAGCAAACCCUUUGGUGGAAAUCAAUGUGAUAAAACAUAAAAUUGGAAGAAAAUGGACAGUAAAUGGCCUGAAACUUUGGUUCAGACCAGUGGCGUGGUCCUUCGGGGAAGUGGGAUGCUACGGAAGCGUAUUCCUGCCAACGCGAAAAAAUGAUUUUUAUCUCGUUUAAACGACAUAGUGCUCUUUUAAACGAGACAUCUGCAUUUAUGUCUUUUACAUGAGAUACCUAGUCGUGUAAACGAGAUGAAUCGUUUAAACAAGAUAAAGUGGUUUUUUUUUCGUCCGUAGGAUGCGACCAUUUUAACAGUUACGAAAUAUAAAAGCGACGUCUCUUCUUGGCUGCAUGGUACUAGCACCCCAGCCCACUCCACUUUGAAAUUAAUGGUGCGGCCGACAAAAUGGUCCACCUGACAGCACAGUCGAGACAAGAUAUAUCAUUUGGGAACUGCUCUCCCGAAUUGCUCAAACUUUAGCAAAAUGACAAGUUUGGAGUAUGUAUCUCUUGUCGCCAAGGUCCGCUCCUUUCUCUCAUCCAUCUUGUGUAUGUUUUUGAGUGAUGGAUCAUACAGCAGAUGAGCUCCGGGUACAAAAACACAGAAACCAAGGAGACGCGGCGCCAACGCAAGUUUCCGCUCAUUUUAUUUAAACAGAAAUUGUAUGAAGGGGGUUCGAGUGAAGCAGUUGCCGUACAACAGAUCUCUAGAUCUUCAUCCAGUGACGCAAACAGAAGUGGUACAGAUUGAGUGCCCUGCUGUGGCAAAGUGAAAGGAGACAAGACAGACACGAGAGAUGGGAGUACGUCAUCAGGGAAAUGUAUGAGCAUGAACCUUGUCAAGUCUCAUGGGACAGUGAAGAAGCUUGUCGUUAUAGUGCAUUGUGAAAUAUGCGAGUUGAAAAUAUGUUCAACUUUUACUAGAUAUUUUAUAUUACUUACCUUGACGUCAAAAAUGCAAGUCCAAACCGGUGUACCAUGAAAUUUGGCCUGCGUUAAAUUCGGUCUGUUCUUGUUCAUCUAUUAGCAAGUUCGUUAUUUUAAAGCGCCAAGGUCAUUCAGGAACAAAGUACGCGUGAGCCAAUUUAUAUAUAUGGCUGCGCUGAUGGGACAGAUUAUUGCUUGUGCGCCUAGCUGUUGCCAAGUAGCCUUGUACUGAGCAUGCACUGUUUCAAUACCGAGCUGGCUCAUUGGACCCAAAACCCAUUGGGCCAGUUUGUUUCACACAGAUUUGAAUCUCGACCCCGUCGCUAGUUCGCUCCAUCCAUUUUUGGGGUCUUUGAACCAACGACGGAUCACUGAUUGCGAUCCAGAUCCGCGUAAACAAACUGGCCCAUUUAUAAAUACAAACCCACUCGUCCCACGCGCGCGUUUGUCACAUGAUAGGCCUUUUCACACUAGGCAAAUCUCGGGGUUGAAGCUGGGUUGAAAACGGGUGGCGAUUCACACUUGAACAAUUUCAACCCUGCGUCAACCCCGAGAUUAACUUCAACCCGGGCUGAAAAUUGUUUGUGCUCAUUUUCGGGUUGAACUCACUGUGAUAAGCCUAAUUCACACGAAACAAAUGUGAAACAAUGCUGGGAUGAAUGCAGGGUUGAAAAUCCAAUUUCAACCCAGGGUGCGGCCAUGAGCUUGCCCUGGGUUGAGUUCAAACUGGGUUGACAGGCUGCAAUGUGGAAAGGCCUUAUUUUUGUUCGGUGAGCGACGCCAUGUGCAUUAUACCACUGAUUACCACUAUAGAUGUGGAACACUAUUCUUGACACAACACCCGUACCUGCGUAAAUCACUGUCUUCUGAUUGGUAGAUCGUUGAUACAUGUCAUUGAAUUAUCCAUUCUAUUCUACAGGUAUCAUCGAAUAGAGCUUGAUUUCACUUGACUGGUUUCCGCCCCCAUUUCCCCCCAGGAAGAAAUAGAAAAUAACGUAGGGACGGAAACCAGUCUAAAGGCUCCUUUCCACAAUGCGCUGCGUAUACAAGGUGCGUUCAUGCGUUUCGUUUUCACGGAUACGAAAAUAAACUCCAUUAACAUACUGUCAACCGAACUCUUUGGCAGAUUAAAAUCCUCAUCAUUUCUGCUUUUUCAAAACAGAAAUAAUUUAAUUGUUGAUUGGAUAGUUUUGUCAUAUGAAACCUGAAGUCUAAUUUAGUAGUAGCAAACAUCCAUCCACUUCUUUUGAUUGUGAGAGUUUAAUUAGGCCUAAGUGCUGCCAAAGUUACCCUGUGGUUUGGGGCAACUUUUGCAGGUUCCUGAAAUUUAAUAAAAACAAUAAAAACGGAUAAUAGCGGAUAUAUAUGUUUUACAUAUGAAAAACCCUUCGGGCGAAGCUUCCAGGUGUAUUUUAUGAUAACAUUACUUCCAUAGACUCAUUUGAGAGAAUCUCAUAUCAUUCAUGUAGCUCUUUGCGAAGAUAUGACAACUACAAACAAGGGGGUGUGGCGUGUGCCAAAGUUACCUCAGGGUGCCAAAGUUGCCCUGGUUGACGUUAACACACGUGUGUGUUGUGUUCGGGCGUCAAAAUCGCCGGGGAGCGAUUUUGACGGAUACGCAACACUUGGUGCAAGUGUUGACGCGCAUAGGAAAUGGCCCCUUAGCAUGGCAAUGUACAAGGAGUGGGUAGCACUUUGGACACCAAUCUGUUCCAUUGUUGAUUUACCCUAACGUGGCGCGGCCCCUGACGUAGUGCACUUUCAUUUUUCGCUUCUUUUGCCUUAACGGAGUAAUAUUUUAAGCUCUAAUUUCAAAGUUUGUGAAAUUUCAUCAAACUCCUUGUAGGCCUAUUCUGAUUCAUAAAUCUGGAUUUUACGUUCGGGCUACACAGUUUGGAUACAUUUUUAUUUUGGCCCGAUUUUCCGAUUUUUUUCAGACGUGCAAAAUGAACUCUUUUAAAAGGUGCCGCAAAAUAGGACAAGAAUUUUCGUACAAGCUUAUGGAUGGGUAGUUAUCAACUUCAAAUGAUUUUGUAAAUGAUUAUUUGUUUUUUUUCCAGAAUUUGUCAAAUAGGCCACGUUAGGGAACACUCAGCUGAUUUCGACCAAACUUUCAGACGCCAACAGUUUCGGAUUUCUAACUUAAUUUCAUGACGAUUAAAUUGUUAACAAGGGUAAAGACCAUGUAACAUUAAGGUAAUAGUUCCGGUUUUUAACCAGACGAGUUUCAAGUUUUUCAAGAAACACGCUCGGCAACGCUGUGUGAGGAAAGUUAGGUGAACGUCGACGUAUGUCUCGUUAAGGGUCUCUACUGAAGCCCACAUACAUGAUGGUCGUUACUAGGCGAGUGGGACCUAUUAUUUUUGUUUUCCUAAAGAGGAGGAUUAAUGCAGGUAUUGUAUAAAAAAAUAAUAAAUGUUUCACAUUUGUGCAGUGGAAAGAAUAAUUUAAUUCAGUGACAGCUAAAAUGUUCGAUUCCAUUCGGCUUCGUCUCGUGAAACUAGCAUUUUGUCUGUCACCUCAUGGAUUGAUUCUUAAAGUUACACUCAUAAACAUUCUUGAACUAUGGUUUUACGGUCAACUUCAAAGAGACGGUGAUAUAAGGUGAUAAAUUUUGAAUUUUUAAUGACCAACCUAAGGCAAUAAUCCACACUAAACCUCAAAGAAUCAGACAUUUUUACUGUUUCAGCAUAUUUCAUGUUUUAUUGUGUAACUUUAGUCCAGCAUGAGUGUACAGUCAACUCGAAAGUCAACAGCGUGAGGCAAAUUUACCUAAGAAGCCGUCAUCUUUUUAAUCUAAGGUUUAUAAGCAAAUCUUGAAAAACUAUUCUAACGAUGUCGCAAGGCAUUUCUGCUCGCUAAUCUUGUCACGGUAUACAUUUCUUCAUUUACGUGCCAAUCUGUCAUCAUGGGAAUAAUUACUUCGUCAAAUUUUCUCCAAUGCUUUAAGAUAAACAUUCUUUUCUUCCAUUCAAUUUACAUUAAUUAAAUUAGCCUUGCAUCGUUUACAAGUGCGGUUGCUUGGUACCACACAACAUUUGCUGCGACUUCCUCGUCCCCAAAAAACUGUUAACACAGAGGGCGCUAAUCAUCUCAAAGCUGUUCUCUUGUCUUCAUGUUUAUAAUGAAUAAUAAAACUCGAGUUGUUAAACCCUGUGCUUAUUUUUCACCUUGCAUCACAGUUAAUUUUUGUAGUUCAUGAAUUAAACACAAUCAUAACAUAGCAGGGCAUACGUGUAAAAAAUAAAAAUUCAUAAACAUUUCUUUUCCAAAAAUACUUUUAGGUCCUACAACAGCAGUAACCACGUAAAAUAAACAAUUUACCAAAACACUUCUAUACUUGUAAUGGCAACUUUUUGAUGUGUGUCUAUUCCAGUAUAGACGGACUUAUUGACAGUAAAUUUACAAAUUUAAUCAGGGUGGGGAGAGUUGCAAGAAAUACUUCCAAACCCUUUGUCGAUUCCAGAAAACCUAACAUUAUGUACUUGGACCUCUAGCAAUUAAUGCUGUUGCAUAUUUACACACAUAAAUACAAAAUGUUAAAGGUCGCAUUAAGCUGGCAGAAUAAAUAUAUCUGUACAGAAACCACUCUUAAUGACGAAAUAUUGAACUAACUAACCAGUAGCUCUAAGUUGAUUCGGCUAAGCAUAAAUAUACAGCGAGAAUAUUGUUUUUCUUUUAAUUAAAAACCAGUGAAAGAAGUUAAUGUCGCAAAGGAUUAGAAUGAUACCUAUAGGCAAAAUGAUGUGCAUGUUAAAUUGAAAAGGUGUUCAUUAUUGAGUGAAAUCCAAAACAUUUGUUUUUGGUCCUUUGUAAAUUUAUUAAUAUUUAGUUAUUUUCUGUUAACGGGUAGAACACCUCUUUCACAAAAUCAAGCGAUAAAGAAAAGAAUCAAUACUAUAAAUAUACAAAAUUUCAGUCUUAUUUGAUUGAAAACCAAACAGCAUCAAUGGGACAAGAUGGCAGUCUUCUUUAUUGUCUUGAAAGAUUCAAAUUAAAUACAUCUGUGGUUUUGCUCCAAGAGAGCAAAACAGGCACUGACUACAUUAACCAUAAUAUGUGACCUGUCACCACAAAAUGAGCUGAAAGUCAGAAUUGUCGAAAUUGAGAUAUUGGUAUUUUUGACUUCAGCUGAAAAAGAGCUUUCUAGUGGUAUAAACAGUAAGGUGACAAUGUGACAUUUUUCUGGCAGCUUUGCGUCUUUGUUUCUGACACUGAUUCAAAAUUUCUGACCAGGCAUGAAUAACGCUAUUGUCAAACUUGGUUAGAAAAUGACAUUUUUAAGUAUCCGAUUGUGCUAACAAUUUGGAAUUAAAUAGAAGGGUUCUCUUUCCAAAUAUUUUUGGCUUUGAACUGCCACAAUAAGAAAUAGCAGAGAUUGGCUUUAUGCUCAUUUUGUAGAGAUGGGUUACAUAUAACGGUGAAGUU